GAUAUUAAUUCGUGUCCACAGAUCUUGUUUAAUUGUUGUCAAGGGGCAAAACGAGUCCGCCAUACUUACGAAACGACAGAAGCGAAAAAAGAUAAAGAAAUCAACAGAGAAUUACAUAUAGUUAGGGUUUAGCUCCGGUGGCGCAGACAAGGGUUUGUUGAGGAGAGCUGCUUUUAGAUGGAUUGGGAAGGGCAAAAGCUAGCAGAGCAGCUGAUGCAAACCAUGCUCAUGGCAUUUGCACUGGUGGCAUUUGUUACAGGCUACCUAUUAGGCUCCUUUGAAACGGUGCUACUCAUCUAUGCUGCCGGCCUCGUUUUCACUAGCCUCGUCACACUACCCGAUUGGCCUUUCUAUAAUCGCCAUCCUGUGAAAUGGUUGGAUCCCAGCGAGGCUGAAAUACACCCCAAGCCGCAAUUUGACAGCACUAGUGCGAAAAGGAAGGCCUCUAACAAGUAGAUUAGCUAGCUUCAGGAAGAAUUUCAAUUUGUUUCACUUGUGCUACUGCUUCUCUGUUGGUUCAAAAACCUUUUUUGGGCAACUUACAGUAAAUAAUAUUAUUUUGUUUUCUUGAUUUUA